AUGAACUCCGUCACGACAAUGAUAACCAACCCCAAUAUGAUCUUGGCAAUAAUGCAUCUGACGAUGAUGUCGGACAUGAUUUGUAUGACUGAGGGAUUGAAUGUUCUUUUACUACCAGCCCCAGCCCCAAGCCAUCUUUCAUAUUUCCUUGAGGUCGGCAAUGAACUAAUCGAUAGAGGUCACAAGGUCGGUGUUCUCAUACCAGUUUACUUUAAAGAGAAAAUACCAACCCGAUUCAGCCUGAAUGGCUCCAACGUCAUUCUUGACGAGAUAGCUGAGAAAGCGAAUGAGGAGAAAAUGCAGGCAGAGGUUAGAAAGAUGAUGGAACAAGAGAACGUAGAUAUGAUGACUUUUAUGAUGAGCCAAGCCAAACUUAUGUCAGAGAAAAUGGAGAAACUACUUGGGAACCAGGAUAUAUACCAGGCUGUUGAAGACAAUAAGUAUGAUAUAGCCAUAGUCGAUGGAAUGCCGUUCACCAAAGGGUUAUAUGUGAUUCCAUAUCGACAUGGCAUACCAUUUACGACUUUAACAACAGGUUUUUUUCCAACUGACAUCGGAGUACCUUAUCUUCCAUCAUUUAUGCCUUCAAUGUUAUCAACAAAUACUCCUGAAAUGAACUUCUUCCAAAGAGUACAAGAGGUCGCCUUUGCAAUUGGGGUGUCGACGAUGAAAUGGCCAAAGACAGAUGAAUCGUACGUGAGAGAUUUUGCACCUGGUAAAGAUAUAAUUGACCUGAAUACGCUGUAUCAGAAAUCCGAGAUGUGGUUUGUCAAUUCUGACGUUCUCCUUGACUACAUCCAUCCGACUACCCCAAACAUGAUCGAAUGUGGUGGUCUCACGACAAAGCCGUCAAAACCAUUACCAACGGAUCUCGAUGAUUUCAUAUCAAAUUCCAAAAAUGGUAUAAUUGUCGUUUCCUUUGGUUCAAUGGUUUCAAAAUUUACUGAUAGGAUUGUAGCUAAACUUGUCGAAACUUUCAAACAAGUUGAUGUUGAUAUUAUAUGGAGGUACGCGGGCGAAAAUAAAGAAGUUCCGAAAAAUGUUAAAACAGUAGCAUGGCUACCUCAGAAUGAUCUUCUAGGACACCCGAAAACCAGACUUUUUAUAACACACUGCGGGAACAACGGACAAACAGAGGCACUGUACCAUGGCGUCCCAAUGAUAGGUCUGCCCAUAUUUGGGGACCAACCAUAUAAUGCCAAGAGAAUGGCCUACAAAGGUUACGGAAUCGCUAUGGAUUUAAAAACAUUUGAAGUAGAUGAAUUAGUCGAAAAUAUUAAUAUUAUUCUUCAAGAUAAAGGAUUUACCGAUCGGAUUAAAAAAGCAUCAAAGAUUUUUCGAUCUAGAUCACGUAAUCCGAAACAAAGAGUAGUUGAUACACUGGAACAUGUAGACGAGUUUGGUGGCGAGUAUCUCAGACCCCAUUCUCUGGAUAUGUCGUUGUAUAAACUCUACCUCAUUGACGUCAUGGCGACCGUCUUUGUUACAUUAUUAGUCUUAUUUUGCAUUUUCUUUAAAUUAUUAUUUUGCGGUAUUGGUUUUAUAAUGUUCUUUGACUUCAUGUUACACAAACACGUCGGUGUUCUCAUACCAGUUUACUUUAAAGAGAAAAUACCAACCCGAUUCAACCUGAACGGCUCCAACGUCAUUCUUGACGAGAUAGCUGAGAAAGCGAAUGAGGAGAAAAUGCAGGCAGAGGUUAGAAAGAUGAUGGAACAAGAGAACGUAGAUAUGAUGACUUUUAUGAUGAGCCAAGCCAAACUUAUGUCAGAGAAAAUGGAGAAACUACUUGGGAACCAGGAUAUAUACCAGGCUGUUGAAGACAAUAAGUAUGAUAUAGCCAUAGUCGAUGGAAUGCCAUUUACCAAAGGGUUAUAUGUGAUUCCAUAUCGGCAUGGCAUACCAUUUACGACUUUAACAACAGGUUUUUUUCCAACUGACAUCGGAGUACCUUAUCUUCCAUCAUUUAUGCCUUCAAUGUUAUCAACAAAUACUCCUGAAAUGAACUUCUUCCAAAGAGUACAAGAGGUCGCCUUUGCAAUUGGGGUGUCGACGAUGAAAUGGCCGAAGACAGAUGAAUCGUACGUAAGGGAUUUUGCACCUGGUAAAGCUAUAAUUGACCUGAAUACGCUGUAUCAGAAAUCCGAGAUGUGGUUUGUCAAUUCUGACGUUCUCCUUGACUACAUCCAUCCGACUACCCCAAACAUGAUCGAAUGUGGUGGUCUCACUACAAAGCCGUCAAAACCAUUACCAACGGAUCUCGAUGAUUUCAUAUCAAAUUCCAAAAAUGGUAUAAUUGUCGUUUCCUUUGGUUCAAUGGUUUCAAAAUUUACUAAUAGGAUUGUAGCUAAACUUGUCGAAACGUUCAAACAAGUUGAUGUUGAUAUUAUAUGGAGGUACGCGGGCGAAAAUAAAGAAGUUCCGAAAAAUGUUAAAACAGUAGCAUGGCUACCUCAGAAUGAUCUUCUAGGACACCCGAAAACCAGACUUUUUAUAACACACUGCGGGAACAACGGACAAACAGAGGCACUGUACCAUGGCGUCCCAAUGAUAGGUCUGCCCAUAUUUGGGGACCAACCAUAUAAUGCCAAGAGAAUGGCCUACAAAGGUUACGGAAUCGCUAUGGAUUUAAAAACAUUUGAAGUAGAUGAAUUAGUCGAAAAUAUUAAUAUUAUUCUUCAAGAUAAAGGAUUUACCGAUCGGAUUAAAAAAGCAUCAAAGAUUUUUCGAUCUAGAUCACGUAAUCCGAAACAAAGAGUAGUUGAUACACUGGAACAUGUAGACGAGUUUGGUGGCGAGUAUCUCAGACCCCAUUCUCUGGAUAUGUCGUUGUAUAAACUCUACCUCAUUGACGUCAUGGCGACCGUCUUUGUUACAUUAUUAGUCUUAUUUUGCAUUUUCUUUAAAUUAUUAUUUUGCGGUAUUGGUUUUAUAAUGUUCUUUGACUUCAUGUUACACAAACACGUCGGUGUUCUCAUACCAGUUUACUUUAAAGAGAAAAUACCAACCCGAUUCAACCUGAACGGCUCCAACGUCAUUCUUGACGAGAUAGCUGAGAAAGCGAAUGAGGAGAAAAUGCAGGCAGAGGUUAGAAAGAUGAUGGAACAAGAGAACGUAGAUAUGAUGACUUUUAUGAUGAGCCAAGCCAAACUUAUGUCAGAGAAAAUGGAGAAACUACUUGGGAACCAGGAUAUAUACCAGGCUGUUGAAGACAAUAAGUAUGAUAUAGCCAUAGUCGAUGGAAUGCCAUUUACCAAAGGGUUAUAUGUGAUUCCAUAUCGGCAUGGCAUACCAUUUACGACUUUAACAACAGGUUUUUUUCCAACUGACAUCGGAGUACCUUAUCUUCCAUCAUUUAUGCCUUCAAUGUUAUCAACAAAUACUCCUGAAAUGAACUUCUUCCAAAGAGUACAAGAGGUCGCCUUUGCAAUUGGGGUGUCGACGAUGAAAUGGCCGAAGACAGAUGAAUCGUACGUAAGGGAUUUUGCACCUGGUAAAGCUAUAAUUGACCUGAAUACGCUGUAUCAGAAAUCCGAGAUGUGGUUUGUCAAUUCUGACGUUCUCCUUGACUACAUCCAUCCGACUACCCCAAACAUGAUCGAAUGUGGUGGUCUCACUACAAAGCCGUCAAAACCAUUACCAACGGAUCUCGAUGAUUUCAUAUCAAAUUCCAAAAAUGGUAUAAUUGUCGUUUCCUUUGGUUCAAUGGUUUCAAAAUUUACUAAUAGGAUUGUAGCUAAACUUGUCGAAACGUUCAAACAAGUUGAUGUUGAUAUUAUAUGGAGGUACGCGGGCGAAAAUAAAGAAGUUCCGAAAAAUGUUAAAACAGUAGCAUGGCUACCUCAGAAUGAUCUUCUAGGACACCCGAAAACCAGACUUUUUAUAACACACUGCGGGAACAACGGACAAACAGAGGCACUGUACCAUGGCGUCCCAAUGAUAGGUCUGCCCAUAUUUGGGGACCAACCAUAUAAUGCCAAGAGAAUGGCCUACAAAGGUUACGGAAUCGCUAUGGAUUUAAAAACAUUUGAAGUAGAUGAAUUAGUCGAAAAUAUUAAUAUUAUUCUUCAAGAUAAAGGAUUUACCGAUCGGAUUAAAAAAGCAUCAAAGAUUUUUCGAUCUAGAUCACGUAAUCCGAAACAAAGAGUAGUUGAUACACUGGAACAUGUAGACGAGUUUGGUGGCGAGUAUCUCAGACCCCAUUCUCUGGAUAUGUCGUUGUAUAAACUCUACCUCAUUGACGUCAUGGCGACCGUCUUUGUUACAUUAUUAGUCUUAUUUUGCAUUUUCUUUAAAUUAUUAUUUUGCGGUAUUGGUUUUAUAAGUAAGUCAAAGAAGUUAAAAUCGCAAUAA